AUGGCUGCCCGGCGAGGCAUGUUGGCCGACAUUCCCGACUUCAGCAUCUUCCGCGGCGCCGCAAAAUGCACCACGCACCACAGGCCCGGGACCAAGCAACUUGAGCUCGUGGGCGGGCUCAUGGUCUCGACGCUGAAGCUGAGCAAAUCCGCGCAGAAAGGAUGUCCCUGGUGCGCUAUAUUCUGGGAGGCCUUCAAGCGCUCGGUUGGCACGAGUAAACCCGCCGACCAGGACUUUAUAUACUGGCGGCACGAUGGCGAGAGCUUUUUCGAGCCUUGGUGCACCAGCGCCCAGUCUUCUCCCGGAAAGGGGGAAUUCAAGAUUCAGAUAUAUACCGACGAUCUUGCCGGAGCGACCAGUGUCCACAGCCAUUUCCCAUUCAAAAACUACCUCAACGGCCAGACAGACACGGAGCAGACAAUGUCGCAAAUAGACUACUGGCGACAGCAGUGCUCUGCAAACCACGUGCAGUGCUCGCCGGUGGCAUCGUGGGUGAACCUCCCCACCCGCCUCAUCGACGUAAGCAGCCUCGCCGACAUCAAACUGGUCGAGACGAGCGGCCGGCAAGGGCAGUACGUGUGCCUCACCCACCGGUGGGGGGACCAAGGAAUGCCCACAAGGACAACGACCAGCUCCCUGGACCAGCUGCGGCAGGGCAUCCCGCUGGAGUCGUUGCCGCCGACGUUUCGAGACGCGGCCCUCGUCACCCGGCGCAUGGGCAGCAGAUACCUGUGGAUAGACUCGCUGUGCAUCAUCCAGGACGACAACGACGACUGGGAGCGCGAGUCGGCGCUGAUGGCGCCCAUCUACAAGAACGGGCUGCUGACGAUAGCGGCGGCGUGGGCGUCUGGCCCGCGGGACGGCCUCUUCCAAACCGUCCCGUCGGUCGUGGUGGACAGCCGCAACCUCGAGCUGGCGAGGUACAAGCUCCCGUUCCCCGUCAUGGUCCGCCGCCGCCUGCGCUACAGCGUCGGCCACCUGCGCCGGGACGAGGAGCACGGCAUCCUCGACCGCCUGUGGGUUCUCCAGGAGCGCCUCCUGUCGCCGCGCGUCGUGUACUUUGGCUUCAACGAGGUGGCGUGGGAGUGCAUGGCCGGGUCGGCGUGCGAGUGCGAGCCUAUGCUGGCGAACUACGCCGUCGCCGAGUACUCCCCCCGUGAGCCCUUCAACCCCAAGGCCGCGUACAGCCUGUCCACGUCGGCCGAGCACAGCGCCUCCAUCGUCGGCCAGUCCCCCGAGCUGUGGCACCACAUUGUGAAUGCCUACACGGGCCUCGACUUCACAGCCCGCAGGGACAAGUUCCCCGCGCUGUCGGGGCUGGCGUCGGAGGUUGCCAGGAUGCGGCCUGGCGACGAGUACCUGGCUGGUCUGUGGCGCUCAACCUUGAUGAUGGACCUGCUAUGGCGGAAGCGAAAAGGGGGCGAUUGGCAGGUUACGGCGUUUGGGAAGCACUACGAUCUGAACAAUGUCUUUGGGGGCUCCGACGUGGGACAGGCGGCUUUCAACAACAAGAUUGCUCGACAAGAGAUGAAGAAUCGAGAGAUUCGGCAACAGGAUGCGGAAAAGUUGGCGCCUUCGUGGUCGUGGGCGUCCAUCAACACGCAGGUCGAGUAUGAAAAGGAGCUUAAUUCCGCCAACAUGGGGCUGGUUGACGCCGAGGGCGCAGAGCUUCUCGACGCGGAUUGCGCUCACAGGUAUGGAAUGGGCAUGUUGCUACAUCCCACGACAGCCUCUGUCACCAUAAGGGGUAAGCUCGCCACGGUUGAAGCAAAAUCGGUCAAGGCUCUGCCCGGUGAGAUUGUGCUCUACAGGGACGACCACGCGAUGGCUUUCUCCGCAGCAGAUAAUCCUGCAGAAGUCGGUCUGGGAGGCAGGCUAUAUUGUUUGUUAAUAGCGGCGGGGCGUGUCAAGACAAGGCUGGCAAUGGGACGAAUAUACGGACUCGUUUUGGCCGAAGCCGGUGAUGGAUUGGGAGGCAAGUUGUUCCAGAGAGUGGGCAUGUUUCAGGAGACAUUUACAUAUGGCAAAGAGUGGUGCAUGUUUGAUGGCAUUACGGGAACGGUAGAUGUUGUGAUUGUAUAG